AUGUAUUUCUGUCACUAUUUUUUGUUCGUUUGUGUUCAGAUUCACGUCUGUUUUUCUCAAGCUGCACCUGAUAACGUAAUCGCUUCCUCUUUCUUUCUUUCUUUCUUUCUUUCUUUCUUUUUCUUCCGUUCUCUGUUUGUUUCUUUCCAUCUUGCAUAUUCUUUCUUUCUUUCUUUCUUUCUUUCUUUCUUUCUUUCUUUCAUUUUUCAUGUCUAUUUCUUUCUUUUUUUCUUUCUUUCAUUUCUGUUUCUUUCGUUCUUUGUUUGUUUUUCUUUCUUUCUUUCUUUCUUUCUUUCUUUCAAAUCUAUUUCUUUCUUUCUUUCUUUCUUUCUUUCAUUUCUGUUUCUUUCGUUCUUUGUUUUUCUUUCUUUCUUUCUUUCUUUCUUUCAUAUCUAUUUCUUUCUUUCUUUCUUUCAUUUCUGUUUCUUUCGUUCUUUGUUUGUUUUUCUUUCUUUCUUUCUUUCUUUCUUUCUUUCUUUCAUAUCUAUUUCUUUCUUUCUUUCUUUCUUUCAUUUCUGUUUCUUUCGUUCUUUGUUUGUUUUUCUUUCUUUCUUUCUUUCUUUCAUAUCUAUUUCUUUCUUUCGUUCUUUCUUUCUUUCAUUUCUGUUUCUUUCGUUCUUUGUUUGUUUUUCUUUCUUUUUUCUUUCUUUCUUUCUUUCAUGUCUAUUUCUUUCUUUCUUUUUUUCUUUCAUUUCUGUUUCUUUCGUUCUAUGUUUGUUUUUCUUUCUUUCUUUCUUUCUUUCUUUCUUUCUUUCUUUCUUUCUUUCUUUCUGUUGGGUGGACCCCUUAAUACUUUCUUUCUUUCUUUCUUUCUUUCUUAUCUCUUUCUUUCUUUCUUUCAACACAUUCAUCUUUCAUGUCUAUUUCUUUCUUUCUUUCUUUCUUUCUUUCUUUCUUUCUUUCUUUCUUAUCUGUUUCUUUCUUUCUUUCAUUUCUGUUUUUUUCGUUCUUUAUUUGUUUGUUUGUUUGUUUCUUUCUUUCUUUCUUCCUUCUUUCUAUUCCUUCCAUCUUUCAUAUUCUUUCUUUCUUUCUUUCUUGCUUGCUUUCAUUUCUGUUUCUUUCUUUCUUUGUGUGUUUGUUUGGUUUUCCUUUGUUUCUCUGUCUCUUUCUUUCUUUCUUUCUUUCUUUCUUUCUUUCUUUCUUUCUUUGAAACCCUCACCUCUUUUUCUUAGCCUUUCCUUUCCACAAUGUUUUCUUUCUUUCUUUCUUUCUUUCUUGCUUUCUUUCUUUCUUUCUUUCUUUCUCUUUCUUUCUUUCUUUCUCUUUCUUUCUUUCUUUCUUUCUUUCUUUCUUUCUUUCUUUCUUUCUUUUUCUUUCUUUCUUUCUCUUUCUUUCUUUCUUUCUUUCUUUCUUUCUUGCUUUCUUUCUUUCUCUUUCUUUCUUUCUUUCUUUCUUUCUUUGCUUUCUUUCUUUCUUUCUUUUUUCUUGCUUUCUUUCUUUCUUUCUUUCUCUUUCUUUCAUAUGUUCACUUUAAUAUCUAUCUAUCUAUCUAUCUAUCUAUCUGUCAUAGGUCCUUACCUAUAA